AAAACCCACUCUCACACAGAGAGAUUCCUUUCUGGUUCUCCUAUUUUUCCAAUUAGAGACUUGGCUGAUGCUCAAUAGCUGCGAUGUGCAUUGAUUUCUAUGGGCUAUAGAUAUAAUUGAUAUUGUAUCUAUAGAUUUUUUUUUUAAAGAAGAAUCACUGGCCAUGGCUCUCCCCCUCGGCAAGUUAACCAUCCUUGUUGGUGCAGGUAUUAUUGGCUCAGUUCUUGCAAAAGAGGGGCGCUUGUCAAAUGUGUCUGAUUUGGUUUCAGGUGCAUUCAAGAUUGCUUUUAAGCAAAUUAGACAAGAUGAUUCUACCUCAUCAAUUGGCAAGCCACAUAAUGAUUCUUUGAUGGCUCAGGUUAACAGUCUUCGGCAGGAGCUGCAAAUGUUAGCAUCAAACAGAUCAGUUACAAUUGUAACUGCAAGCGGGACAGGUGCAGGUGCAAGUAAAUAUGGUAUAAUUGUUGUCGUGGGUGUAUUUGGAUAUGGCUAUGUUUGGUGGAAGGGCUGGAAACUUCCAGACAUGAUGUUUGCAACAAGACGAGGUUUAUCCGAUGCUUGCACUUCUAUAGCCCAACAACUUGAAAAUGUUUAUGCAUCAAUCAGAGUAAGGGUCGAAUGA